AUGUAUUCUGAUAUUGAGGACCAAGGCACUGUGGGAGAUCACCAGUUUGCUGCACCCCCCAACCCAAAUCCUCCUAGGUGGUGCAAAUGUGGAAGGUGUGGGGACAUGGGAACAGGAAGAGCAAGAGAGAACGUCUGCUGCCAACAAGAUCAGUGUGUCACAACGGAAGAAUAUUUGAGAGCCAAAUGUCUAGAUCAUAAUGUGCUGACACUGACCAUACGAUUACAUGCAGAUUACAUGAGUGAAAGAUCCAACUACAGAGCAAAUGGAUAUCGAAAGGCAGCUUAUCGGCAAUACAUUCUUGGUCGCUAUGGAUAUCUGGGUAAAGGAACAAGACGAAUAGCUUCUUCUUUUGUUGUUCGUUGUGUCAGACAUUGGUUUCCAGCACCAGAUGGGAGGUACAUGGGCUACAAGAGUGCGUAA